GUGGGGUGGGUGGGAGGGGUAUUCUGACAUGUCCGAGCUGCCGGGGUCCCGGUCCAGGUGCGCGAUGGCGAUGCCCGGUGCAGCCGUGCGAGCCAUCGGCGCGGAGGCUCUGGUGGCGCUGCUGGAGGGCGGGCUGGACCGCGUGGUGCUGAUCGACAGCCGGCCGUUCGUCGACUACAACGUGUCGCACAUCCUGGAGGCCGUGAACGUCAACUGCUCCAAGCUGAUGAAGAGGAGGCUGCAGCAGGACAAGGUGCAGAUCGCCGAGCUGCUGCAGCACUCGGCCAAGAAGAAGCUGGAGCUGCAGGGCGAUCAAGAGGUCGUAGUGUACGAUCAGACUUCCUCUGACCCGGCGACGCUCGGAUCUGAGUCGUUCCUCAGCGUCCUGUUGGGGAAACUGGAGAGAAGUUUUCCCUCCGUGCACCUGCUGUCAGGUGGCUUCUCCGAGUUCUCUCACCUGUUCCCGGGUCUCUGUGAGGGAAAGUCCACUCUGGUUCCCUCCUGCAUGUCUCAGCCGUGUCUCCCCGUCGCCAACAUGGGACCGACACGCAUCCUGCCGCACCUGUACCUGGGCUGUCAGAGAGACGUGCUCAACAAGGAGCUGAUGCAGCAGAACGACAUCGUCUACGUCCUGAACGCCAGCAACACCUGCCCCAAACCCGACUUCAUCCCCGAAUCGCACUUCCUGCGUGUUCCCGUCAACGACUCGUUCUGUGAGAAGAUCCUGCCCUGGCUCGACAGAUCUGUGGAGUUCAUAGAAAAGGCCAAAGCGUCCAACGCUCGCGUCCUAGUUCACUGUCUCGCCGGGAUUUCCCGCUCAGCCACCAUCGCCAUCGCCUACAUCAUGAAGAGGAUGGACAUGACGCUGGACGAGGCCUACAGGUUUGUGAAGGAGAAGCGUCCGACCAUCUCGCCAAACUUCAACUUCCUGGGUCAGCUGCUUGACUUUGAGAAGAAGAUCAAGAGUCCAGACAAGAAGCUUGUGUCGCCUGGCGUUGAGGGACCUUCUCUACCCGAGGACCUGGAGCCACCGCCCUGUCUGGAGGCCACCAUGGGCUUUGGCGUUAGCAUGCUAGAGCCGCUCACGCUGCCGUGCAUUUUAGCCGACGCCCCCGAUGAGCGCGUGCUGCCGCAGGCUCUGGGCAGCCUGCAGCUCACUGACGGACCCGAGGACAAUGCACGGCUCAAACGCUCUUUCUCUCUGGACAUUAAGUCGUUCGGGGAGGCGGGCGGGACGCCCUCUCACCGAGCGUUUGCGCCUAACGGCGGGUCAGGUGACUCUGCUGACUUUUACAAACCCUCGGCGUUUAAAGAGCCGACGAGUAAACCGUGCCAGUUCUCACCGGUGGAGGAGGUCUCGGAGCAGUCGACUCCGGAACAGAGCCCCGACAAGGAGGAAGCAAACGCGCCGUCGCCGCAGCCGCCGAGCAGCUUCACCAAACCUCAACCCGCAGCUCCGAACUGUUCCCAGCAGCUGCACCGCAGCGGCAGCACGGAGAACGCCACCAGCUUCCUGUUAGGCCUCUCACGCAGCCAGCAGCACCUCGCCGGACCCGGAGGCGGCGCCCUGAAAGGCUGGCAUUCGGACAUUCUGCUGGGCCCCGUCGCCGUCUCCACGUCCUCACUUGCCGGAGGCUGGUACCUCUCCUCCGACUCCACGCGCUUCUACUCCACCUCCAUCUUGAGUGGGGGCGGCGGCUUCACGGCGUACAGCUGCAGCCACGGCCUGGAGGCAGUGCGUCGCCGCAGCACCCGGCAGAGGACGGGGGACCGCUGCGACUCGAGGAGGAGCUGGCACGAGGAGAGCAGCUUCGAGAAGCAGCUGAAGCGGCGGAGCUGUCAGAUGGAGUUCGGAGACGGGAUGACGGACAGUCGAUCGAGGGAGGAGCUUGGGAAGGUCGGCAGUCAGUCGAGCUUCUCCGGCAGCAUGGAGGUCAUCGAGGUCUCCUGAGGCUGAGCCAACACACUUCAACAGCAGCAACACCCGCAGCAUCACCUAGUGCCCAGUCCAUGCCAGCGCAGGAGAGACGUCCGCUGUAACAUGUCACAUGAAGAAAAAAACAAUUAUGCCGCGAUAAAAACAAUUAUAUUUUGAAUAAAACGUCAUAAAUCGUGUCAAUUUCAGAUUUUGCCGUUUUUAUCGUGUUCACACGUCGGCCAUUUUCCUACGACAUCACACUCUGUGGACAAGACAAAGUUACGUUGCCGUUUUAAAAUGGCGGCAGUGUUUGUAUAAAGUUCGUCACCGAGCAUCGGGAUGCUGCCGGUGUGUAUGUUGCCACGACAACAGACUCUGAUGAACACGUGUGCUGUUUUCCCUCCUCGACCGCACAGAUCCUCACUAUGACUCUCAGGUGUGUGUGUGUGUGUGUGUAUAUGUGUGCAUACGUGUGUGUGUGUGUGUGUGUGUGUGUGAGUUGCCGGUGACAUAUCGCUGCCUGACUGUUCACGUGUUAACAGGAAGAGGAAAUGAUGAUGAUGUCACACUUGAUGAUUCAUGUUCACUUGUUUUAGUAAAAUAAAGUUAAUUUGACUCUGAA